AUGCCACCGGAAAAAGUUCCGGAUCCUUUACGGCAAAAAUUUCUCCCUUAUGAUGGAGGAUAUCAACUCGAUUACUCAAAACAUCUCGAUUAUCCAGACGGUUCUGACUGUGAAGUGAAAUACUUGUUGAAUUGCUCGGGUGAAUUCACCCAUUUUGUUGCAUUAUGGUAUGAAAAUAAUUUAUCUAUUCGGCGAAAUACUGAAACUGGUCUGGAGUCGCACUAUCUUUUCAAUAAGGAGUUGAAUAUCAAAGAUAUUGGCUACUUUCGUAAUUCUGAUGAUGAGCUAUGCCUUGUAGUGGGAUUGAAUAGCACAAAUACCAAUAUUCAUCCUCACUGUGUUGCCUUUCUUCGAUGGGGUGGUGCAAAAUUUCAGCUGUUGCAAAAAAUUGUAUUUGACGAAGAGAUAUGCUGUCUCAAAGUUAUAGCUGAUGAGCAAAAUAUGAGUAAUCUGACUUCAAUGUUGCAUCACAGAAUGGCUAUAUGGCCCCAUAUCGUAGCUGUUGGUUGUCGUUCCGCUCGAUGCUAUCUGUUCAGUUUCCCUCUCAAUGAACGUGAUAAGGGCCGUGAUCCAUGUGUACCGCUCAAAAUUAAGCUGACUGAUGGACUAAGGCCCUUUCGGGAUGGUGACGAAUUUGUCUACAGCUCUCCUAGUCUGGAGACAGGAUACACUGAGUCAAAACGGCUAAACGUCGAGCUGGUUUCUGUGACAUGCAUCAGCUUCCUCGAGAAAUGUCGUGUUGUACUGGUUGGCUUCUCGUUUGGUGGAUGUAUGUCCAUAUCAUUGACAAAAAAUCCCAAUAUCGAACCAUUGAUGUAUCCGUGCAGCGCACCUGUACAGUUCAUAGCCCCACUGGAACCUGAUGAUGAUCCACGCGGCCAUUUGUGGUUCUUUGUUGCAUACAGUUCGACGAAGGCUAAACCGCUGCAACUGUGUUUGUAUGAGGUUCAAUUUCCUGAGGAGGAGACACAACCGUUGGCGGAACGCACCUGGGUACAUGGACGGUAUUCAAUCAAGCUGGUGAUUCCAUUUCAUAACACCACUCGUUGGAUAUCUUUGCAAACAUUAGUCCGUGAGCGGAGUGAAUUUAGAAGUCUCGAAGAUUCUUCAAGGGACAGCACAAGACUGGGUUCUGACAAGGAUCGAUCUGUCGUGUUCUUCUCCUACAUUGCCAAUGAUCGAAGUGGUGGCAGUCUGAAGGGCGGUCUUUUCGAUCUGAAUGCAUAUUUCUACAAACGCUUGAUACAUGCAAUUACACACGAUGGGACCAUUGCUCAACAGUGCGCGUUCAUGUCGACGGUUCAACCUAUUCCAAUGCAUUACAAGGAGGAGAACUUUUCACUAUUGAAGGAUAUUGUGGUCGAUGCAAACUUGAUAACGCGUUUCAUCUCGAAUGUGAGCGAUGCUGAGCAGAUGUUCUACCCAUCAGCACUUGAGAUUAGCGUUGUGCAUGUCGCUGGCUCAAUUAAGUGCUUUCAAUUAUCGCUACCUAGUCUCCCAAAUCAGUUGUUAUCGACUAUCUGCGCCGACCUUGAAAUGCAUAUCGCUGACCCUACUUCUGCAUCGGCAUGGUUAUCUGCUUUAGGUUUCUACAAGAAUUCUCCUCGCACUGAAUCUUACGAUGAUAGCCAUGCCAAUUUGUAUUCGGUACUAAGCACACUCAUAAGUCAUCAGCGAGCAGGAGCGAUUGUGCAUUACAUCAGACAUUCUGAUUCCACUGAGUCACGUCAUCUGAUCGCUGCAUGGAUUUGGCAGGAGAUUGACAAAGCUAGCAGGAAAUUACAUGAGACAACUGAACCUUUGUUCGCAAGGUUCUCUGGUCCUUUAAAUCCUGCCGGUCAGAAAGCCCUGGCUCAUGUUCAUGAUGUGUUCGUUGCUGGAGUGCACAUUCUGCGCGAACUGGUUAACGUUGAGGAACGUGAGCAGGAUGAAACAAAGGAAUACCUAACAACACUGGAGGCUCGUCGUUUUGCAACGGAAAGUCUACGAUCUUAUUCCACGGUCAUUCACCGGCUGAUGACUGCACGGAUUCUUCCUGUCGCCGAGGAUAGAGAGAUCCGCUUAGCGAUGGGAAAAGUGUUAAGUGAGCGCAGAGCAAAAACUUCAGGGUGA